AUGAAACAUCUCAGUACCUCAUAUUUUGAGAAGAAGGAGAAGACUGAAGAUCCUUAUGCUCCUUUUGCAUAUAACAUAUAUGGGUUCGCAUUGGCACUUCAAGUGUGGACGUAUGAGGUCAUCGAAAACUUUAUCCCUAAAUUCACUAGAAGGAAUCAGAUUAAUGACCCUCUACGCCCAAGGGUGUUACUCUAUCAUUCCAACAGGAAAAACACCUCGAUCGAGGUAAAGACUGCCCUUGAGACCACGGAUGUGACUGAGAUGGAAGAGUCCUCCAUGGAGAAGAGGUUAUACAAUGGUGAGGAAUUUGAUCAAAUCGACGAGACAACUAAGAAGCUUGCUUAUGAAUCGAUUCCGGCCCGCAUUCUUACUCCCCCCUCCGCGACCUCAAGUCCUCUGGCUCAGACACCUCCUCCUCGGGCUCAGACACCUUCUCAUCGGGCUCCAACACCUUUUGUUGGAUGUGAAUUUAAUGAGAUGAAGGAGGAGCUGAAAAUAGAGAUGAAAGAGGAGCUGAAAAAGCUGAAAACAGAGCUCAUCAAAGAGCUGAAAAUCACAAUCAAAGAAACUCAAGAAACUCACCUUGAGUCGUUCAAGAAGAUGGAGAUGAUAUCGAUGCAGGGGACUGUGGGGGAUGAUGAGAAGGUGAAUGAUGGGAAUGAUGGGAAGAAAGAUGAUGUAAAGGAGGACGAUGAGAAGGUGGAGGAUGAACGAAAAGAGGACGAUGAGAAGGUGGAGGACGAUGAGAAGGUGGAGGAUGAACGAAAAGAGGAGGAUGAGAAGGUGGAGGAUGAUGUAAAAGAGAACGAUGAGAAGGUGGAGGACUUAAAGGUGGAGGACGAUGAGAAGAUGGAUGAUGAGGCUAAGGUGGAGGACGGUGAGAAGCUGGAUGGUGUGGCUAAGGUGGAUGAUGUGGAGGUUGAUCUGAAAGUGAAGGUGAAAGAUCUGAAAGUGAAGGUGAAGGAUGAGAAGAGUGUGGGUGUGGAUGUGAAGGCACAGACAAAUGAGGAAAUUAUGGGAGGAGAUGACAAUGAUGAUUUCCAGUUAUACAAUACUCCUCCUAAAGGAAAUUAUGGGAGGAAAGUGAGGAAGCCGAAAAAAGAUGACUCGUACACCAACCCUUCUUUGUCAAAACUGUCCAAGACAAAGGAUCCAAUGAAAGUGAAUCACCUUCAAAAAUUUGAAGAUGAGCUGCUGAAUAAAGAAAUCGAUGCAUUCUGCCAUCUAUUGCGGAAAAGGAUUUCCGACUAUCCCAAGACAUAUAAAAAUUCGCAUGUGGCAAUAGGGGAUUGCGUAUUGUCGGAUAGAAUCAGGCGAGAGCACAGGACUUUUAUUAAGGAUCUUGCAAACUAUCCAGUCGCCGAAUUCAAAGACUAUUAUAUGGGCGCACCACAUAGAUAUAUGCCUGAAUGGUCAACAAUUGACGAUGUCUACAUGCCUGUGAACAUUAACCAGCGACACUGGAUUUUGUGUGUAGCACGUCUUCAAAAGUACCGCAUUGACGUGUACGACUGUGAUGCCUAUCUUUAUAAGAAUCUAGAUCCUUAUUUGAAACCCUUAUGCCACAUGAUUCUACAUAUAUUCGCAAAGACAAUCACUCCUGGUGAGAGGGUAAGGUAUCCUAAAUUCAACUUCGAAGCCCCCAUCCAACCAAUGACAUACAAACGGUUACCACACCCCAAAGUGAAAACCGCAGCAGCUAAAGUUGGAGAAGUCCCACGGGCAACCGAGAGCGGGGACUGUGGGGUAUUCACGCUAAUGUAUAUGGAACACUUGAGCGCUAAUCAAGCCGUGCACAAUGUGACCUCAGAAAACAUGGAGUUUUUUAGGCAGAAGAUGGCGGUCAGGUUAUUCCAUCAGAUUAUCGAACCUUAG